AUGGAGAAAGACCAUUGGCGCAAAGUGCUGUACAGAAUUAUUGCUGUUGUUCGGUAUCUUGCAGAAACCAAUUCUGCUUUUCGCGGUAGGUCCAACGUUCCCUUUGAUAAACACAAUGGUAAUUUUCUUAAAUUAAUUGAAAUGAUUGGAACAUUUGAUGAUCCUAUGAAGGAACACCUGAGAAGAAUCCGAGAUGAAGAGACCCGCGUGCAUUAUCUCGGAUCAGACAUCCAAAAUGAGUUGAUUGGUUUACUAGGGGAAGCCACAAAAAAUAAAAUUUUAGAUGAAGUGCGGAUUGCCAAAUAUUAUUCAGUCAUUCUCGAUUGCACUCCUGAUAAAAGCCAUAAAGAGCAAAUUUCAUUCAGCAUUCGUUAUGUGAACAUCACAAAAGAUCCUCCAGAAAUUGUUGAAAGAUUUGUUGAAUUUUUAGAUAUAACAGAUUCAACAGGUGAAGGAAUUACAGAAGUUUUAAAAAUCUUGUUAAAGAAGAAUGGCUUGGAUAUCAUGAACUGA